UACCUAACGUAAUGAACGUAAUUAAAACGGUUCUGUGAUUGCGUGAUAUAAUGUACCUCCAAGAUACCAGUUGGCUUUUUCUUUUAAGUAUUAUACUUAUUUAUUAACCUUUCCAACCAAUGUUUGGAUUUUGAAUAUUGUAAUGUACACAAAUGUUGAUUUUGAAUCUUGUAAUGUACCCUUGAAGUAUAUGGGUACUUGUUUUGGUCAAUUUGUUAUAUUUUUUAUGCUCUCUUCAGAUGAACAGUGAAGUAUUGCUGUUUGGCUGAACAAAGUGCCACUGAUGUAUGAUCAAUGUGUCUUCUUCAAGCAAUGAAAAGCUCUUCACUCAUCCACUCCUUCACAUACGGAAAUCAACAUUGGUUCAAGCAAUAACCAUGGCGUAUGAGGAUGAUUAUGAGUAUAAAAAAUACUUGGAAAUGCUUAACAACAUAGAAAACACAAGCUAUCCAUUUUACGAGGUUGACGAGCUCGUCCCAAACUGCUUUUCAGCAAACGUCACCAAAUUUGCCUCGGACAUCAUUCCUUAUUUCUACUACAUCAACUUCCUCCUGAGUUACUUAGGCAACUGGCUUGUUUUGUUCAUAAUCGUCAAGCUUGAGAAGGUCAACAGCGUCACCAACAUCUUCCUCAUCAAUCUGGUCACCUCCAACAUCCUGUUUGCAUCCAGCUUCCCCUUCCUGGCCAAAUACCAUUCCUCAGAGUGGAUCUUCGGCACGGUGCUUUGCAAGUUGGUCAGCAGUGCCCAUCUGAUUGGUUUCUACAGUUCCAUCCUCUUCCUCACCCUGAUGACCUUUGACCGCUACCUGGCCGUGGUGCACGCGGUGUCCGCUGCCAAGAGCAGGAAGAGGUCGUACGCCAUCGGGGCGUCGUUGAUCGUUUGGUUCAUCAGUGUGCUGGCCAGUCUCAAUGAGCUGGUGUUCAAAGGCGUGUGGAAGGACAGCGAGCAGGGCCUGAUGUGUGAGGAGACAGGAUACCACGCCGACGUCAUCAAACAGUGGAAUCUGGUCAGCUACUACAUGCAGUUCCUCCUCUUCUUCCUGCUGCCCCUCUUCAUGGUGAUGUACUGCUACACCUGCAUCACCGUGCGGAUCAUGUCCACUCGCAUGAGGGAGAAAUGGCGCUCGGUGAAGCUGAUAUUCAUCAUCAUGUUCACCUUCUUCGUUUGCUGGACUCCCUAUAACAUCGUGAUCCUGCUAAAGGCCAUUCAGAUCUCCACAGCCGACGAUGCAAACCGGAAGUGCGAUCAGGUCGUGGCGUUGAACUAUGCGUUGUACGUGACCAGAAACAUAGCGUUCUUGUAUUGUUGCAUCAGCCCCAUGUUCUACUCCUUUGUGGGUAAGCGGUUUCAGAGUCACUUCAGGAAGCUGUUGUUGAAGAACAUGCCUUGUCUGGCACGUCACUUCAGACCCGCUAGUCUGAGCAGCAAGUCCACCGCACAAAGGACGUCCCACACAAACGACUUAUAACAUGUGGGAGACAAUUUACUUUGUUUGAAUUGGAUAAUGGGAUGGGAAAACAGGAAAUUUGAUUUGUUUUGUCAGUUUUACAUUUAAAUGUAGUCAUUUAGCAUAUACCUUGUAAAUAAAUAUCUAAUAAUUAAUUGCAAUUAUGUAGCCCUCUCUUUUAAGGCACUCAAAGCGCUUUAAUCAGUUCGUUUUUUUAUUAAUAAUAAAUAAUAAUAAUACAUAUUAUUUUUAGAGCACUUUACAUUCGAAAAUCUCAAAGUGCUACAGAGAUAAAAAAAGAAAGAAAAAGGUUGUUAAAACAUAUACAGUAAAAGACAAAUUAGCUAAAGGCUGUUUUAAAAAGACUCAAGGUUUCGUUUAAAAGCAGCUGUAGUCUGUGGGGCCUUCAGGUGGUCAGGGAGGGCGUUCCAUAGUCUUGGAGCAGCAGCGGAGAAAGCCCGAUCGCCCAGGGUGCGGAGGUUGGUCUUAGGUGGUCUGAGGGUGUGUGUUGAUGCACAGUGAAGGGCAUGGGCGUCAGUUUGGUUUGAAAUGUGCUGGGGACAGAGACGCAUUCGGAAGUACAUUUUCAGAAGUGCUGGGUACAAUGAGGAUGCACUCUUUUUUCUCUCUAUAGUGUCGGUAAUGAAAGGUUCUGAAAGACGGCAUACCGAUGUAGCUAAUUACAAAUGAAUAAAAUGUAUACAAAAUCUGUCUGGCACGUUUAAUGAAGAAAACGUUUCCAAAAAGCAUCGGACAUAUGACCCACUAUGUUCUGCUCCAUGUAUCAAAUGUGGACGUGACAUGAUAUGGCUAAGCUAACAGCUACUAUUUACAGACAUAAUGCAAAUAAAUACUGUCCCAUAGACAAAACAGCUCCAUGUGUUUGUGAUUGUAUCUGUGUAGAAUCCCCUUGCAACACGCGCAAUCCUUAAGGAACCUUACGGGAACCGUAAAUCAAAACUUGUCUAAAACAAGUCCCUUGUGUAAAUUACGUGCUUACGUCUCUGCGUCUAAAACUACCCUAAAUAGGCCUUUAGUUCCCAUUUUCAAGUUGUGUGAUUGGGAAGCACUAUUUGGGGUUCAUCUUCAUUGUUGAAAGCAUGAAGUUUCUGCAAAUAAAUGUAAUGUAGUGAAUAUAAAACAUUAUUUUCUUAAAAUAAUAUUAUUUUCUUAAUGUUUGUUUCUUAAAUACUCUUGGACAAAUGUGCUAUUACAGAGUGAUAUUCCUAAGUUGUGAACAGUGCCAGAACCCUUUUUUUUUUAUAUAUAUAUGGUUAUUAUCAAAUAUAAUUUGCAGCAAAGGCCAACAUUGUGGUUAAACCUAGUAAAAACUCACCCAUUUAUUUUUCCAAACUGAUUUAAUUACAAUCAAUGAAUGGAGAUGGCUUUUUAUAGAAUGAAAUUGCUAUUCCACGCAAAGUAUAACGAACACGGAAAAAAUAGAUCAGAAUUUGUCAGAAUUCGCUAUGUUCAACUCCAAGCAAUUCAAGCUCAAUGCUAAAGGAGUUGUGUCGCCCUCUAGUGGUGAUUUGAGAAUUCCCUCACCGGGCUUUGAAUGCAAACCACCACUAGAGGGCGAAAUAAGAAUGGAGCUUGAAUCCGAUUUAAGCAAACCUGGAUUCAAGCUCAGGCAAAGGUUACUUGCUGCCACUGCACAUCAUCAUGCAGUUGGGUGAGUGCUACAAGCAACGCUCCACUAUUGUUGGGAUGAACCCAGAAUUUGUCCUUGAAAUGUGUUCGAGAUGUAUCUUACUAAAAAGUGUCAAACCUGCACACAAGCACACAUAAUUACAAGGAAUUAUUUCAGAUCAUUUAAAGAUGGUGAGGAACUGAGUGGUCUAUCCAACUCCGUGUCAAACUGAGGGGGUUUAGCAAAAUGAAGGUUUUAUCAAGCCAAAUGAUUCUCAUCAGUAACAUGGAAACACAACAAAGCAUUGCGUUCAAUACAGCUGCACUCAAAGAAAACCUCUUCUCCAGGGCUAAUUAUCUGUUAACCUAAACAUGGUGGCUGUGAAGUGUCUGCU